AUGGAGAAUGCGUCCAAAGAACUUGAAUUUAUUUUCUGCUUGCCGGAAGGUACCAGAGAUCUUUUUAAUGAAGCUCUAUAUUCCCCCUUCUGCAUCUCUGUAUGCAGUGGAACUUUGGAUGUGGGAGAUUAUAAGCAGUACAUGGCAGAGGAGGCAUUCAUCUUGAAUGCCGUUGCUGAAGGGUACACAACAGCGCAACAGUAUGCAUCAGAAGCUGACUCUCAUGUCCUUGCUGCUUUGGGUGAUCAAAUCAAGUAUGAGAUCGAGUCCAGAAAGAAGAAUUUGGAGGUAUGUGAUUUAGAACUUAAUGGCACCCUCCACAAGGCUGCAGAGAGCUAUACAGAACUUCUAUUAGAUACUGCCAAGUCGGGAAAGAACGCUAUGUUUCUUUCUCUGGUGUCAUCGUGGAUGGGGUUAUACAAGGCCCUCAGUGGUCAUUUCAAGUUAAUGGAUCUUCCUCAUAACAACCCAUACUGCUAUUCUUGGAUCAACAUGCACGAAUCAGAAAAUUUCGUGGAUUUUGGUUUAGAAACUGAUUACAUCUUCUCUAGAUCGUGGAGUUGGUCUGCACUUUCUAAUCCAAAUGAGGAUUUAGAAAUCGUGAGGAAUUAUAGGCGGGGCAUGGAACUCACCAUAGAAUUUUUCUAUGCACAGGCGUCACACAUUAGAACUGCUCUUCCUUUAAUCAGUGGGGAGAGAAAAACCAAAUUCUCGAUUAAUGUUGAGCUCGGUUGUGUGCUUUUUCCCCGCAGAAGUUAUACGUCAUAUAAGGAGGGCCUCAUCAGUAUUGAGGAUGAUGAACAAUAUCAGCGUUGUUUAGCAAUAAUGUUUCCUGCUAUAUCCGUGGAAUUUUCUUAUGGCAAAGUGGAGCAAGCCUACUUUAAUCACUUUUCAAGCUAUAGGAGAAAAACAACUGAGAAGCUCGAUGGGUCCAGAGAUUUGGUCGGCAUUCGCCGUGGAGCAAUGACAACAGCUUUUAGAAAGAGUGUCUCAAUUUAUUCAUGGUUUAGGAAGAUUUACCCUGAAAUGUUGAACUUGCGUGGAGAUAGUGGAUAUAUCAGGGUAUAUUCGUCAUGUUAUUGCCUUGAUGUCAUAAGGGGAGUUUUUGAAGCAGCAGAUUUCCCGAACCUGACAAUUUAUGCAGGUGAGCAUACUGUUAAUAAGGGCAUCACAACCGGUAAGGUUGUUUCUCGUUGGUCUGCUAUUGACAUGGCUAAAAUGGUUGAAAUUGAGGGUGAUGACCAUUGUUUCACAAUUUGCAUUGGACGUGAAAUGGAGGACCUACCUUGCCUACUCAAGGCAGAUUUAGGCAUCAUUGUUGACAAUGGAGCCAUUGAUGUAUCGGUCCUUCAGGAUUUGGGGGAAAGAUUCGGUGUUAAAUUUGAGGAUUUGUUUAUGGGUGUAAUGCUCAGACAACAAGAAUUAUGUGGAGGAGGAUCUCCCAAGUGGUAUGGGCAUGGCACUAUUUAUGUAGCUUGUGGCUGGGAUGAGUUAUACGCCUUCCUUAAGGCUUUGAAAAAGCCUUAG